AUGGAGAAAGACAGAAACACAGAAAAUGAAAUAAGGAAUGUGUGGAAGCACAACCUGGAGGAAGAAAUUGAACUUCUAUCCCAGAAAAUAGAAGAGUACCCGUAUAUUGCCAUAGAUACAGAAUUCCCUGGGGUCAUUGCUAAGCCCAUAGGAACUUUCACUGCACAGACAGUCUACACCUACCACCAGCUACGGUGCAAUGUGAGUCUUCUUAGCUUAAUACAGCUAGGAAUAUCACUUUCCAACGAAAAAGGAGACAGACCCAUUCCAAGCACCUGGCAGUUUAACUUUCAUUUUGAUAAGAAAGGAAGUAUGUCAGCCAGAGAGUCCAUGUACGUUCUGGAGCAGGCUGGCAUUGACUUUGAUAGGCUCUAUAAAGAUGGAAUAAAUAUUGAAGUGUUUGCUGAACUAAUCACCAUCUCUGGGCUAUUAAUGAAUAAGUCACUGAAAUGGAUCUCAUUCCACUCUGCGUAUGACUUUGGGUACUUUAUCAAGGCAAUCACAGGAGAAGAUCUUCCUGUCUCUAUGGACGAAUUCUCCUACAUACUCUCAAAGGUAUUUCCGUAUUUUUACGACAUAAAGUACCUGAUAAAUAUCAUGGGGAAAAAAGGUGGUCUGCAGGACCUGGCUGACCAGCUGUCUGUCUGCCGAGAGGGCAUACAGCACCAGGCAGGAAGUGAUGCCUUGCUGACCCUAAAGGUCUUCCAUACGCUUAAGACAGAAGUAAUUCCAGAUGCAGAGCAGAAUGCAAAGUAUAAAUGUAAAUUAUUCGGAAUUGAUGCAGUCUAA